CGUGCCAAAAUACAUAAUAGGGUAGAGCAUAUCGUUAUACAAAGUGAAAUAUCAAGCACUUAAUCAGCGCAUAAUUGACAAAAACUCGAACCAAAAACCCUUUAUGCCAAGUAAACAAUAACAAUAAGAAAUCCGUAUCUCCCGAAGGCAGAAGCAGUCCACAGAUGCUUACCGCAACCUCCACGUAAAAUUACCACAUAACUUAUGAACAUAUUUGUGCAAUUUAGCUGUAUUUGAAUGCAUAUAUCCUACAGAAGUGUUUCCCGAUCAAGCACAGAGUGUGAAUUGAAGCCGGGACCAGGACAUUGGUCAAAGUCAAAGCUGUGUAACGAAAGGCAAGCCGCAAGGAAGCAGCAAAAUCAAAGUGCAAAAAACUGAACGCCAAAAGAAGAGAGACGCACACACACACAAGAGCGCAUGCUGUGCGCCGCAGGAGAGGAAGAAGAAGCAGCCGCAGCAUCAGUGUGAGUGCCGAAGCGUACACGUACAGUGGCGCAGAGGCCGGAAAAGAGUAAACAAAAGUGGAGCAGGACAGUGACUAUUAAGGACGCGUAGACAAAAAUCCACAAACAACUGUUAUAAUCUGCCUCCGAACAAUACAAAUACUACAUUGCAGCGGAUUUACAACAGUAUUGGUUUAAAAAACCAAGAAAACAACAAAAAAUAGAGCUGUCAUCAUUUUUGUAAUUUAGUAGGAAACCAGCGCUAGCGCCGAAACGCCAUCUAUCGCCGACCAUCCGCAACCUCAUCGAGAGGAGAGCGACACAGCCGACGAAAAACGGCGAGAGAAGAGGCCGUUGUGCAUGAUAGAAGUAGGAGGAGGAGAGGUGAACCAGCAGAAGGCUGAGCUCGUACGGUGUGGUGUGGUGCGGUGUGGUGCGGUGCGGUGAGUGAGGUAAGGUGAGGAGCAAGGGAGUCGAGUCGGGUAACCAGGCCGCAAAACAAUAAUUUCUGCUGCGACAGCAAUGUGCGUUGUGUGGUGCUUUCAUUGAUUCCGCGUUGAUUCCGCGCCCAUACCCUUACCUGGGGGUCAGUAGCGCAGCAGCAGCUCCAUUGUGGGAGCAAGCUGAAACGACAGACAACCCACAGCAGCAUCAUCGGACCAAAUCAGACUAGACCAAUUGCCUUGCCCGCCAAUAUGGCGUGCCUUAACACCUUAAAGCAAGAAAUCAAAACUCUGGAGAAGAUCUUCCCGAAGAAUCACGAACGCUUUCAGAUACUCAACUCCAGCGUCGACGAGCUCUUGUGCAGGUUCAUUGAUAAGAACGGCAAGCGUUACGACAUCCAUGCGAAUAUAACGGAAACGUAUCCUUCAUCGCCGCCAGUGUGGUUUGCGGAGAGCGAGGAGACGAGCGUCACCAAUGCUGUUCAAAUACUUAGCAAUACAAAUGGUCGUGAUAAUCACGUGAUCAAUCAGGUUGGCAUAUUGCUGCGCGAGCUGUGCCGAUUACACAACGUUCCACUGCCACCCGAUGUAGACAAUUUAACGUUGCCAUUGCAAACGCCACCGCCAUCGGCUUCCCCGCUGCGCUGUGAACAGAGGAAAAUGGGGUCGCAUGGGGGCAACGAGGAGACCGAUUCCGAUCAGGACGAGAUCGAGGACCCCAUUGGCGAGAGCGAACAGGAGAGCGAGGGCGACGAGGAUUUGCCAUUGGAAAUGGAUGAUGUACGGAGUACAAAUAAGAAAGAUGACAUGGAAGUGGAGCACUUAGCGACCCUAGAAAGACUGCGUCAAAGUCAAAGACAAGACUAUUUAAAAGGUUCCGUUUCAGGUUCCGUGCAGGCAACCGAUCGCCUAAUGAAGGAACUACGUGAUAUUUAUCGAUCGGACGCCUUCAAGAAGAAUAUGUAUUUGAUUGAGCUCGUCAACGACUCGAUCUACGAGUGGAACAUCCGCCUCAAGUCAGUGGACCCCGACAGUCCGCUGCACAGUGAUCUACUAAUGCUCAAGGAGAAGGAAGGCAAGGACAGCAUACUCCUUAACAUCCUCUUCAAGGAGACCUAUCCCUUUGAGCCGCCCUUUGUCCGCGUCGUGCACCCAAUCAUCUCAGGUGGAUAUGUGCUCAUCGGCGGCGCCAUUUGCAUGGAGCUGCUGACCAAACAGGGCUGGAGCUCAGCCUACACUGUCGAGGCGGUAAUCAUGCAGAUAGCCGCCACCCUUGUCAAGGGCAAGGCGCGGAUACAGUUUGGGGCAACCAAGUCUCAUCAUGAACAGGCACUGACCCAAGGCCAGUACAGCCUGGCACGAGCCCAGCAAAGCUUCAAGUCCCUUGUGCAGAUCCAUGAGAAGAAUGGUUGGUUCACACCGCCCAAGGAGGAUGGCUAAGGCAGUUUAGUCCAGUCCGGAUUCGCCUCUACACACCAUUACCAUUACCACCACCACCAGCACCACAACCCAACCACAAAAAACAGCAUCAGCACAGACAUGUUUUUCCCCGCCCCCCGUUUUCUGGCCCACACAGUUUUUGAUCAGUUGUUUAUUAGACGAUCCCUAAGAUGAACAGACGGACAAGUCCCCAAACAAUAAUUUGUAUUUUCUUUAUGUAUAGCAAAUAUUAUAUUUGUAUCCAGCUUCCUAUAUUAUUUGAUCCGUUUCUGUAGACAAGUUAUGUUUCAAGCAUGGAUAGUAUAUAUGUUAUGUGUGAACACGGACAUAAAUAAUCUGUUAGCGGUUAAGUGAGCCAAAAAUCGAAAGCAACAAAGCAGCAGCAGUAGGGGCAACGCAAGGUGUAGACGGAGUCCUUUAGUCCCAGCCCUGAUCCCGAACCCAUGCCAUUCUCAUGAUGGUGUGUUUUGUAUAGAGUUUUGGAACAGCAGGCGGAACGCAGGAGGAACAGAGUGCAACAUGUAAAGGCAAUAUCUGUUAUGUAUAUGAAUGUAAUUUGUAAUUUAAUUGUAAAUGCAGUGGCUCCUCGGCUUUCACUUCCGCUUACACUUAAACUUACUUCCUCCACCCACACAUACCCACACGUACACACGUGGAGCCACAAAGUACCCACAAACACUCGCCCACAUAAAUGUAACUAGUUAAGUCGUAAGUCCUGAUUGUAUUCUUAUUUAGUUUAACAAAUUGUGUAAUCUUAUAAGAUUCUCUCUAGUGGCUUGCAGGCGAUGCAAGCAGCAUUGAGAUAUAAGGCACAGAUAUAGCGAGAUAGAUAUAAAUAUAUACCUAGAAACACACAUACAUAAUUAUACAUAUACAUAUACAAAUAUCUAUUUACUAAAUGUAAGCUAAAAAGUAAAACAACAGAACAGAACAGAACGAUGCGUCGCAACUUCGAUGAGAGCAACUUCAAGUGUAAAUUCGUCUUUCCAAAUAAUCGUACCAUAAAAUAAAUUAAAAUAAAAUAAAGUAAACCUACAAUUAA